AUGGCUGCUAUCGUUAAUCGAAUUACCGCUCUUGUUCCUAAACUAGCUCUUCCUGUAGCUCGUUAUGGUCAAUCAAAACUUUCUCGAUUCUGGUACUUUGCACGCGUUGAACUUCGACCGCCAAUGCCUAGCGAAUUCGAUCAAGUUCAACGAGGUAUACAACAAAUUGUUAAAUCUGCAUCAACCGGUGCUUGGCGUAAUCUGACUGUGAAGCAAUUCGGACUGAACACUCUCGUCGGUCUGGAAGUUAUGUUUUGGUUUUAUAUAGGAGAAUGUAUUGGCCGUGGUAGUAUCAUUGGUUAUCGACCUGGACGCAGUGAAGGCAUCCCAGCUCCUUAUAAAUACUUCAUGUGA